CGCUUUCCUUCUGUUGUUUUUUUGCCACGUUCAUUUUGCACAUUAUCGCAGCGACUGCACGAUAAACUGUCGCGCUUAUUGUUUUCCUUAUCGUUCCUUCACACGUCGCAACGUUUCGUCAUCGGAAGGAUCAGGCUUAUUAUAAUGGGACGAAAUAAAAGUGGUGGACACACCACAAAUGGUUAACUUAGUAUCAAAUCUAAAUCCAUCCGAUGACCGAAUGAUAAGGAAUACAAGCAAGUACUAAUUGGAGAGUGGCAGUGCACAGUUUGCUUUAUCCGGGACGUUCGGUUGCAGAGUCGAAUAACAAACUCUUAGUCGAAGAUUCUGGUGACUGAAGAGUAAAAAGUAUAAAAGAAUACCAACAUGGCAAGACCUUUUACAUUGCCCUCUGAGGACGAGGCUGAGGAGCAGGGACAACAGCUGGAGCAACUCAUGCUGGACUUGUAUGCCGCUCUGCAACAGGUCCUUCGUAGCAGGAGGGCCGAGCAUCCUUCACGAAACCACCGUCUACCACGUCGGGCCGGCGACGUACCCGGAUCCCGAGAACACCCAGUGGUCCUUGUCGAUUCCGAUCUCUCUCGUCUACCCUUGCCCGACCUGGUACUCUCAGCCGUGGAACAGCUACCACCGCCCACACCCUUGGUCACGGUCUCGGCGCCCAGCAGCCCCACCAGGGAUGCUGCCUUUCAGUUCCCCGAGUGCAGCGCCGCUCCUGUACCAAGUCCACGUGCUCGACCACGAAGACGCAGGUUGACGUCCGAGGGUUCCGUCUUGGAGAAGGAACGGGUCAACGCCAGCUGUGGACAGAUCGGUACCGUCGUCAAUGAGAGGGAGUGGACCAGUGUCGGUACCAACCUCAGGAACAUCGCCGACGACUUUCACGCGGCUAAGACCAAGGACGCCGAAGUCGAGAAAUCGAGAUUGCCCUUCAUCGGCUCGGGAUUCUCAAGCUCCCCGUCCACGGACAGCCUGCUCUCGCUCCUGAUCCCGGCUCCACUUCGGGAGACUCUGUGGACGACAGUGGCCCUCUACCUUGGAUGGAGACUCGUGUCCCGUCUCCGAUAGAGCACCCACGUGACAGCCAGUGCCAGGACUAUGCCCUCUGGGACGGGACUCCCUUCUCGCCAAUGGGACCGGUGAACCAGGAGUAUCGGUUGUUGGGACACUUACGUUCCUACUGUGCUCGAGAGUCGAUUCGUGUUCCCUCGUCAUCGUGAGUCAUCAGCGAGAUGCACGAGAGUGUACUGCGCUAGCGCCAGCUGGACGGGGGACGUCUCGUCGUCGUCAAUCGGAGCCGAAGACAGGCCGAAGACGCAGCUCAGCCUUGCGGUAGUGGUAGAGGAGGUUUAAGGUAGGAAGGGGGUCGAAGGGCUAAGGACGAGAUCCAAAGAGGACUAACCGAAUAAUCAAAUGAUGAUCUCAUUACGGAUAAAUAAAGAGAAUUAAAUAAAAUAGUGAUUUAAAGGAGUUGCGCGUCUUUACUAGUAAAGCAAAAAGAGAUUUGCAAUCUGAUAUGCGUGCGUAUUAAUUGCGAUUAAAAGUGGGGGGGUAGACUCGAGAUUUUUUACGAGCCCGGUCGCCGUCGUCGCUCGACUAUUAUUAUAAUAAUCAUUCUCGCCGUGUCGAUUGUGCGUUUUGUGUCCAUUAAGGUCUUCUUCUUCUUUUUUUUUUUUUUUAAUGACGCGAACGUAUACCCCCAUGGGCUCGUUCGCGAGGUCUCGCGAACAAAAAUUCUUCUCUCUCGAUCUGUGAUACCGCUUCGCGAAUUGAGAACGAUUUCUCGCCGUGUUUCUUUUUUUUUUCUUCUCCUUAUUCAUACAAUAUUGUCUCUGGCAAACGAAAGAACGGAAAAAUGACAGAGUCGUUGCCUGUGAUUAAUCGGAGCCCCGACGGCUCCUCUUCCUUCGGAUUAAUUAUCUCGUUCUCGUUUCGCGUUGCGAAAUUGUCUCCUCGCGGGAUUCGCGAGGAUCGCGAUUUCGAGGCGUCGGGACGCGCGAAGCUCGUUACGUCGGGUGGCGUCGAUUAUUCAUCUACUUUCUUUCGCGGACGCCCCGCCGUGCGCGAUCGCCGUCUCACGUUCUGCAUCCGGUUGUAUUAUUCUUUGUACAUAUGUGUUGGAAAGUCACGCGUGUAUUUCGAACAUUGAAGGGGCGACGAGAAAGUAAAAUAAUAGUUUAUAGAGGAUAAGACGCGAGAGAACGAAGCACGUAGGGAAAGUCGAGAGAGAAGUUAAACGUGUAUGUAUAAAGGCUAAACUAAAGUAAUAAAUUCAGUAAUAAGUUGAGUAAAUAAUUAAAAUAGAUAAUUGAUAGAUCGAGGAUCGCAGCAUCUGAUUGGCUCGCUGCGAGGCCCGUGGACAGUUUUCAAAUGAUCUCCGGUAGCUUAGCUCUAGUGGCGCCCCCUCCAGCGGGAUGCAUAGUACUUUUGGAAGAGGCGUCUAAUUCUUCGUGU